UCAGUGAAAAAUUUAGAUUUAAUUUUUCGUUUUCCUGAAUAUUCUCUGCUUGUGGGUUAGAGAAGCGUUGACCACGUCCAAAAUUGUCUCAUUAAGUGGGAAAUAAUUCUUGUUGAGUUGCGUAAGUGGAAACGUGCUGAUUGUGUGCAUGGUGACGCUUAUAGCGUGGAGUGGGCUAAUCAAGCACGCAGGCCAGAAUGAUGUCGAUGUGAUCGAGUGUUGUGGAGUAUGGACGGAGCAUGUCGCAGCAGAAGCGCGGCAGCACCAGCAGCAGUGGCGGCGGCGGGGCCAGCGCCUCCCUCCCCAAGCGCAACGCCCAGUCCGACAUGGACCCGCACGAACCGGAGCGGUUAAAAGCCAUCUCGCGGCUGUGGAUCCAUCCCAGCUGGGACAAGGUGCUCUUCUCCAAAGGCCAGGUGUGGGUGGGCGUCCGCAUGGAGGGCUCCACCAUCCUGGGCGACUGCUUCGACUGCCGCCUGGUGCCCCCGCCCGCCCCCGACGCCCCCGGCUACGCCUCGCCCCUCCACACCACCCUGAACGGCGCCGCCGCCGCCUUCGCCUGCCGACCCGGCUUCCAGGUGCUGGCCGUGACGCCCAGCAGUCUGGAGAUGGCCUUCGACCAGAUCCCGGGGUGUCAGUCGCGGGCCACCUUCGUGGCGCCCGCCCGCGUCUACGAGCGGGUGUUUACCAAGAGUAUCAGCUGUGUGGACGUCCACUGGGAUCUGCAGAUGGGCGCCGCCGCCUCCGUGGACAAAUCGGUGCGGGUGUGGAGUCUGGGCAACGAGGAGAUCAAGUGCGAUCUGCAGGAUCAAGGCGAAACGAACGUGGUGAAGUGGCUGCCGAACGCGGCGCAGGCGGUGAUCGCGUAUUCCGCCGACAGCAACGCCAUUAAAUUGUACAACGUCCGAACGAUGCGCAGCGUGCGGAGUCUGCGGGCACACACCGGUAAAGUCAGCGACUUGCUCUUCGCUGAAGGCGGCCGGCAUCUCUUCUCCGCCGGACAGGAUGGUCAGAUCCGGUUGUGGGACGUGACGCGCAGUGAACCGCUGGAAUCGGUGGCGGUGAACCUGGGCUUCACCAUCAACUGCCUGGACGUCCAGUCCGCCGACCCCUCGCUGAAGGCGGCCUUUGGGGACACCAGCCCCGCCGACCCCAAGGACGGCCGCGUCCUGAUGUACGGCGGGGACGACGGGUUCCUGCGCAUGGUGUGUCUGCGCAGCAGUCACAAGGCGCUGAUGAAGCGCUUCCUGGACGACCGCGUGCAGUGCUGCCGCUUCCUCCAGCAUCCCUAUCUAGCCUGCGGGACGGAGAGCGGCCAGAUGUAUUAUUUGGACUGGCGGCGGCCGGACACGCCGGUGUGUCACUGGCGGGAGAUCCGCGGCUGCAUCCUGUGCAUCACCAGCAGUCCGCAGAGCAACGGGGUCAUCUGCGGGACGGCCGACGGCUCCUGCUUCUACCGCAACCCGCUGCUGCACCCGCAGAACGAGUAUUCCAUGGAGUUCUGCGGCGCCGAGUACGAGCCGGUGUUCCGCGUGUGCCGCGUCAGCGACCAGCUCUUCUCCUGCUGCCGCGACGGCAAAAUCCGCCGCUAUACGCUCACGGCCUAGAGCGUUGGCAUCCACAUUUUGUUGUAUUUAUUUUUUUAUCGAGCCGGAAGUGUUUUUUCUUGUUAAUACGGUUGUAUGAUGGGCUGCGGUGUCGCGGCAAGUGUGGUAUUCGGUGAGAGGGAUUAAAUUAAU